GACGCUGAUGCGUAAGAUUAUGACGUAACGAGCUGGGUCACUGGGGCGGCUGAUCACGUGACUUUUGGCGUGGCUAAGCAACGAAAGGAGACCAUCGAAAUAUCUUGUUGCUUUAAUACUUCUACAGUGAAAGUGUUUGAUCAUCAGCUGUGUCCAUACCUCUGGCAUCAUGAACAACGAAGUGACAGUGGUUACCUGUCCGUUUGUGGAUGUGCGCCUGACAAGCACCAUCUCCACCUUUGAGGUGAAGCGCAGGUUCAACAGAGGGAUUACUAUUGCAGAUCUAAAGGGGAAGUUGGAGAUGGUUGUGGGCACAUCUCCCUCCAGCAUGGACCUGGAGUUGUUCAGUGUCUCUGACAAGUUCAUGCAGAAAAUGGAUGACAAUGAGGCCUUGCUUGGUUCUUAUCCUGUCGAUGAUGAGUGCAGAAUACAUGUUUCUGAUAAAAGUGGAGGUCAAAUGGACAACUUCGCUGAUGUAUCUCAAGUGGAGAAGUUUGCACUUUCAGAUGAUGCUUAUAGUAAGAGAUCAGAUUCUGCAAGGUCAUUCAUGAAGAGUCUUCGUGUUGGUCAGUACAAUGAGGAAGAAAUGGCCAAAAAGAAAGCUGAGCUCUCCGCUCGUAGGGAGGAGGAGAAGGCUGCUGCUGAUGCCAUUUCUGUUGGUAACCGUUGCAAAGUUCAAGUCCCAGGACAGCCCACAAAGCUUGGCACAGUCAUGUAUGUUGGUACAGCAGAUUUCAAGCAAGGCUACUGGGUGGGCUUGAAGUACGACGAGCCCAUGGGGAAGCACAAUGGAACUGUUGACGGCAAGCAAUACUUUGAAUGUGAGGACAAAUAUGGCGGAUUUGUAAAGCCUCAGAAUGUGCUUGUGGGAGACUUUCCUGAGGAGGAUUAUGGUUUAGACGAGAUGUAGGACUUAAACAUAACACAGGUUUUUGAUUACUUUUCUUUUGUUCUCUACUGGAGACAUGAUCCAAAGAGCGGUGUCUUAAGGUUUUUUAGGUUAAUCUUCUCACUCUAAUGCCAACGCGUUCUGAUAGAGAUGCCUGUCAUGCUUCUUGGUGGGCUCCAUGUGAUAGUCACAGGAUAAUUCCAAGAGGAGCUCAAACCAACAAGGUGUGGGAAGGUUUUUGUUGCAUGUUUAGCAGCAUAUUGAAGGUUAUUAUUUUGCUCUUCACUUCAAUCACUCCUAUUAAACCUGAUUUAGUGGCUUUUGCAGUACUUGAUGCUUGUAAGUUUUUCAAAAAUGGAAGCCUUCUCUGUAAUGGAUUUUUUUUUUUUAUAGUUUGGAUAAAACUUCACUUCUGCUCAUUUAAUUCAUAUCAAUCUGUACAAAGAUGAUAAUGUAAAAUUGUUAAUAGUCCACUGUAGCAGUAGAUUUUUUGAAGAAUGUAAAUUUCUUAGAGAGAUUCAAGGAUGGAAUGACUCUAAAAUGAAUACGUUCCUUGAGUUCCUGGCUAACAUGAUACACAAUGACUGGAAAACAGUUUACAAUUGUUGAUCAAAAUCAACAUGAGCUCAUUUCACCACCAAGGUUGGCAAAAAAAGUAAUUCACAGUUAAAGAGUAAAGAAAAAAGAAUCCCCUAACAACAGCUGCGUCAUCAUAGCUGUUCACCUCUUCAAUCUUACCCACUUGAUCUGCAGGUACCUCUUGGUAUUCUUGCAGAUAUCAACGUCUACAUACACUGCCGGGAAUUGGAAUAAAAAAGUUAUAUCUUUUUUUCCAAAGCGCUUUAGGGUCCUGAAAUUUCAUUUUGUGUUUGUAUGUACGUAACAUAUUAGACAGUCCUAUUUUUAGGUUUUCAAGUAGAUAUGAAAUGUUUUUAUGUGACAGAAUUCCUUUCAGAAUAAAUGUGCCCUGUUUCUAUUAAAUCAUUGUCAUAAUGAUGUUUUCUAGGUUCAAAUUUGGAAUAUGGCUCAAUAUGUUGACAAAGUAAAAUGUGAUCCAUCAAAAAAAUUCAAAUGUAUGCAAGUACAUCUGAUGAGUUCUCCUGAAUACUGUCACUGAAAAUGAAGGAAAAUAAAUGCAUUUUUAAAGAUAGGAGAUACUUCAAAAAUGUUCCUGUUUAAACUGAAUUUGAAUUGUACCAACAAAGUGGUGACACCAUAUUAGUUCAGUAAGCAUCUUUUCUUAUCCCUGCAGCCUCUUAAAGGCAGGGCACACUGAGUUGAUUUCAGCUGUUAAACUUAUAUAUGAAUGUCUUUCAUCUAUCCUAUAUCUUUAUUUUUCUUGAUUUGGUGUUUGGCUGACUGUAAAACGUUGACUUAAUGUGUCUACUGCAUAAAUAUUUAAAAGGUACGGUAUAUAAUUCGUCUGAAAUCUCUAAAUCUUCACUGAACACUGAACAGCUGCAGCAUCACUCUCCGUUUCUCAUUCCACAGCUUUUGAAAGUUUCAAGUGAACGAUAUGCCUAAUUUAUGCUUUGUUUAAUGUUACCGAUUCAAAACUGUUUUGAUCCUCUAAAGUUUACAGAAGAAGUGUAAAUUAAUUAUUUUUGUGGUUUCUUUACAAUUAUUUUUCACUACCACGCCGAGAAAACCUAGUGUUCUCAUCUUCCCCCCUUUUUUUGAAACUGUCAACCUCUAUGGUGCUGUUGUUACAAUGUGCCAAAGUGUCAUGCAUAAUAAAAAUGAUUUGCUUGUACAGUAACCUA